UAGAGGGCGCGCCAACAUCCGAUCCGUGUCAAACUGACGUAAACAAAGCAACUGAAAGCAAUAACAGCAGCGGCGGAGCUUUGCGGGACACAGGUUGUGAAUGGCAGCAUCUUCGUCCUCGUCCUCGGCUGGCGGGGUCAGCGGCAGCUCGGUGACCGGGUCCGGCUUCAGCGCUUCGGAGCUCAUCCCGCCCAGGAAAGUCCUGUACACUUACCCGAAAGGAGCUGGAGAGAUGAUGGAGGAUGGAUCUGACAGGUUUUUGUGUGAGUCUGUGUUCAGCUAUCAAGUUGCAUCCACUCUGAAGCAGGUUAAACAUGAUCAGCAGGUGUCCCGGAUGGAGCGUCUGGCGGGGCUGGUGGAGCAGUUGGAGGCGGACGAGUGGAAGUAUAAACCCAUCGAGCAGCUCCUGGGAUUCACAACCUCAUGAUGACUCCACGAGCACGCUCUCCCUCGUCAAUGAACUGAAACCAGAGUUAUGAAUUUAUAUUUCGUUUUGCACAUUUUUAGAGUUUUGGUGAUCAUGUGUGUAAAUAUGCAUUGUGUUUCAAAUAAAGCCUUAGUAAUUAAACAAUACAUGAACAAUAAAAAUCUUUUUUAAGCACAA